UACCGAGAAAAAAAAUUGUCUGUCUGAUUGCGUGUGUUGAGGCUGAAUUAACAAGAAAUAAAAAAAAUAUCUUUUAUUUGUUGAAACUGAUGUUUCGUGAAUUCGAUACAUACUUUAAUUUAAAAGUGCUUUGACUGGACAAUAAAAGACCUCGGAAUACGUAGUGAUUUACAUAAUAUAAUUUUCAUUUAACGUGUGUUGCUAAUCUCGGUGGUUUCGCAGGAAAGUUGGUACCUACACAAUCAAUUUGUUGACGAAUUGAAAUGUGUCCAUAUUCAGUCGCGGCUCGCGAGUGGAAAAAUUUGUUCGUAAUCACAUACCCGGGUAACCCGUGACAAUGAAAUCACUGGCGUACCACCAUAAAUUCAAAAGAUAGAUAUAAAGAACGAUGUAUUUUUUCAAUAUAGACGGUAACUGCGUUUUCGUAUAGAAGCUUUUGUCAUCAAUUCGUAAUGUAAGUAUUGGAACGAGCGCAAGCCAUUCGGUUGCCAUUUUCCGACAUGGGAGAAUUCCGUACGGUUUUUAUCAAAUACAGUGAAUAAUGUGGUGAAUUGACAACAUAACGCAUAGUUAUAUGCGCCGUAUGUGCGCGGUGCGAGUCGAUAUCUAUCACGCAGAUCUGAGGUCAGUGAUUUCGUGUUUCAUACCUAUGUGUAAUGUAUCUGUACAUUAUAAAAUAAGUGUCUACACGGGGAAAUGGUGGCAGAGUGAGAUGGUGACAUUAAUGUGUUAGUGUAAAUCAAUAUUGAAGUUAUUAUUAGUGUGGUGUUUGAUUGAAGAAGUUACGUGGUGUCUUUUGAGUGUCCGGUGCUGAAAGCCGUAAGCUCUGAUCUGUGCAUUGUGAGCUGCAUGUAUUGUGUAAACUAAAAUCAAUACCGUUACUGCUCCUACCUUAUUGACAUGAAGUUAGCCUAUAACUGUGGACAUUAGUGAAGAGGAAUUCCCUUGGAGGCUUAAAAAUACGAUAAAAGUGAACCAAGGACAUCCUUCGCCUUAAGUGGAAAUUGUUUUUUGUUGAUGUGUCGUAAAUAUUUUUGAUAAGUAGUGAGUACUCGUAGUGUUAUUUUGCAUCCAUCCAACAACAAUGAGGAACAAGAUGUCAUAUAAUCAUAAUUAAUAAUACGAAGGCCAUUAUCUAUAUCGAAAUAAACAUGGCUGUUAAGAAGAAUGAACUCGGCCAAGACAAUGACAGCAAGCUGGAUCUCAAGGCGCUUGGGAAGUACUUACAAAUGAUGAAUGAGCAGCUUAUUUAUUUACCUCGCCCGAAUGAGCUCAUCAAAAAUUGCCAAGAUAUAGUACAAUGUCUUACCACAGCGACAGGUCAAGAGGAGGGCUUGUGGCGUCUGCUGCGCUCUGUGGAGACCUUUUUACUGCGUGUAAUGAACGCUGUGAACAGCGGCUUGCGUCACGAGAUCAUUACCGCGGUGUUAGAUCAUUUGUAUUCGCUGAUUUCUGAUCCUCUGAGCGUCGCCAGCCCAGCGACGUCUGCAGUGCUAGUAGUGUUGGACGGUUUGGACAAUGAGGGCGUGCUGUCGAACGCCCGCUGGCUGGUACAACAGGGGGCCAACAGCCCCCAAGGCGCCAGUCUGAAGGCGGCACUGUCCUGCCUUUAUACUUGGGUGUACGAUUGGCGCGGUACACCGUCGCUCGGCAACUGGGUGGUUGCGUAUAUAAAGGCUUUAGAGGAGAACGAAAGGUUCGACAUCUUGAUAGAGGUGACGGUGGAACACCUGGGGCGGUUGUUUGCAGCACUAGACGAACCAGUGUCGAUGCGACCGUCGGCCGCCAAUGUCGUGUUCCACGUGUUGCCGGCGCUGCGGGAGUCCAACGAGGCGCUAGAUAGAGUAUCGCCGCACGCGCGCGUCGUCCUCACAAGCCUGGCCUCCGACACGCGUCAGAGCAGUCGCCAGUUCCUGCAGAAUGUGGUGGACAUCCUCACGUCGAUGGUGGACAACCUUGGUGGCCAGCUCAAGGGGGACGCGCGCCAAGCGUUCAAACAGAAGCACAAGGACCUGUUCUCGUGCCUGGAAUGCCAUAUGGCGUCGCGCGGGUCCAGGUUCAAACAGCAGCAGCCGUGGAAGGCCCGCGGCGUCACCUUCUCCCCAGUGCAUCCCAAGCCUGUCGGCAGGAAGGUCGGCCUGCUGAACCUUGGCAAUACUUGUUACAUGAACAGCGUCAUGCAGGCUCUGCUUGUUACCAGGCAGUUCAGCACAUACGUGAUGCUACGCAUGAACGCUGUGCCGUAUUGGUCCAAGAUGGGCGUCCUCUUCGCCAAGAUGAUGUACUCCUACAACAACAAACUGAACCCGGACGAAUUCUUCACGGUCGUCAAGCCGCCUUUCUUCACCGUUAAUAAUCAACACGACAGCUCCGAGUUUUUGGGAUAUCUGUUCGUGUUGCUGCAAUCUUACGAGCAUUGUUCGGAUGUGAACUUCGACUACUCGCGGCCGGCGGUGCUCACCGCGGCCACCAGCCGGCUGUCCAGGGUCGUGUACUCCAAUCCAUCGCAGGCGUCCUCCUCAAGCAAUGACGACUACACCCCGCCGGUGACGCGCCGUGCAUCCUCGCCGCGACCCGGCAGCAGUGCGGCUGGUAAGUUACCAGUGGCCCUUCGUCACAUAAUCUGAUUCCAGCCGACUUCU